ACACACGCACACGCACACGCCGGCACAGCGCGCGCACGUCUCCAGCCGCGUCGGAAGUUGUCGGGUUUCGGAGUGUGUUCGGUCCUCCGAGUCGGUCCGCUGUACUGUUCCACUCGCCUCCGAACGCGGAUCGCCGCCGCAGUCGUAAAUUACACUAGCACGUGGCCCCCAGCCCCGUCCGACGGACACGUACGACGGUACAACAUUGUUAUUGUCGUAUUAUUAUCGUAAUUUAAUAUUAUUUGUUAUUAUCCGGCCGCGGUGCGCUAGUGAUUUUUUGACGUUCGACGAAUUAUAAUAUUUCACGUAUUAUUAUUAUAUAUUAUAUGAUAUUCGCAGAUAUUCGACUAUUUUAAUUUUUUUUUUUUUGGAUUAAUUCGUUUUCGAGUGCGUUAAAUUUCGUGUUUUUUUCUGGAUAUUUUUCCCGUCGGCGCAGACAUUAUGACGCGGUUUUCGAACGACAUGUUGGAGACCUGACGGCGGACGAUAGAUAAAUAUCGUAAAUAUCUAAUAUAUUUUUACGUUAGCUGCAAAGCGCAGUUCGUCGGUCCUCCGGUGAGCUUUGUAACAGACGGGCACGGUGACCGGUCGUCAGAGGUAAACGUCGUAUCGAGGCGUGCAUCGAAGCGCGCGCGCGCUAUCCGAACCGUUUAGAUGAACAUGAGUUCGUAUCAGUUCAUGAACUGCUACCAGCAGAGCCAGCAGGCCCAACAGCAACAGGGCCGGGCGGUCACAUCGCCGGUCGACCCGCUACAGACGGGCAACAGUCCGGGCGGCGGCGGUGCCGCUACGGCCUCGGCUGCCGACUAUUACGGACAAGCGGCCCAGGGCGGUGGCGGCAGCGUGUACAACGCAGGCCCAGCAGCCGGCUGUUACUCGCCCCAACAGUACGCGUCGCAGUACAUGCAACAGUCGUCGCCGUCCAUGAUCGACUACACGCAACUGCACUCGGUCAACCACCAGCAACAGCACCAACAGCACCAGCAGCACCAGAGGCUGCAGGCGGCCGCGGCCGCUGCUGCCGCUGGCGCCCACCUGCAGCACUUGCAGCACCACGGCGGUGGCGGCGGCGUCGGCGGUCUCCCGUCGCCCGGCGGCGGUGGCGCCAUAUCGCCCAUAUCGUCGGCGCUCAACAACAACGUCGUCGGCAUGCCGUCCGCGGCCGGCGGCGUCCAGUGCAAGUACGAGGUGACCGCCUCGGCGUCGGCCACGCCGAACGGCAUCAGCUCGCCGCAAGACCUGACCACGUCCGCGGCACCGCCACCCGGGUCCCGGUCACCUCCGCCCGCCGUCGUCAUGAAGUCUGUCCGGUCGUCCGGCGGCCCGGUGGCCGGUUCCUCGCCCGCCACACAGGGCCCCGUCUCGCAGACGUCCUCGUCGCCCGCCUCGUCCAUAUCGUCCACGUCGUCCAACGGCGGCGGCGGAAACGGCGGCAACGGCAACGGGCCAGCGUCUUCGGGCGGCAAACAGGGCUCCGGCCAAAACCCACCGCAGAUCUACCCGUGGAUGAAGAGAGUUCACCUCGGACAGAGUACGGUGAACGCCAACGGUGAGACGAAACGGCAGCGCACGUCGUACACCCGUUACCAGACGCUGGAGCUGGAGAAGGAGUUCCACUUCAACCGGUACCUGACCAGGCGGCGGAGGAUCGAGAUCGCGCACGCGCUGUGCCUGACCGAGAGGCAGAUAAAGAUAUGGUUCCAGAACAGGCGGAUGAAGUGGAAAAAGGAGCACAAGAUGGCCAGCAUGAACAUGGUGCCGUACCACUAUCACAUGGCCGCCCAGCCCUACGGCACCCCGUACCCCUUCACGCACCUCACCACCUGAGAUUCGUAUUAUUAAUUUAACGGUUCCGUUUAGGCGGCGCCGUGGCCGCCGUCGUGUCUCAGCCGUCGAUCUCCAAGUCGACGGCGGCAAAAGCGGCGGCAGAGGCGUCGCUUGGCGGCGAGCACGCGAUAGGUAAGACAACCGUUAAAUUAAUAAUACGUACAAGAAAAAAAAAAACAAAAAUCGAUCUGAAAAUAAAAUUCGCAAGACGUGCGAAAACGCGUCGCGAACGUUACACGACGGGUAGGUAUGCGUGAGAUUCGCGACUCCACAUAUCGGUCGUCAUAAUAGUGUAACGAUGUAAUGUGUAUAUAAUAUAUGUGUGUAAAUAGUGUACAAUAUCAAUAACGAUUAAAAAAAAAGUAAUAUAUAAUAUUAUGAUGAUG